UCAGUCCACAGGAAACUUCAGCCAGACUCUCAGAGCCCCGAUUAACAACAGGCAAGAAGGCCUCAUCUUGCCCUAAGAAUAUAUGCUUUACACUGGUAGGAUUUUGCCCCUCCUCAAGGAACAAUGACCCAGAAGGCCACCUUGGUGCUCCUUGCUCUGGCUGUCAUCACCAUUUUUGCUUUAGUUUGUGUCCUGCUAGCCAGCAAAAGUGGAGCUGGGGGUGAAGCUAGCCAGCCUCGCCAUUGCCCCUCGAUCUAUCCCAAUGGCCGGCUUUGGAAACACUCCAGCCAGAGCCAGAUAUUUGCAGACCUCAGCCCAGAAGAGCUGACAGCUGUGAUGGAUUUUCUCACCAAAAAGCUGGGACCAGGGCUGGUGGAUGCAGCCCAGGCUCAGCCCUCCGACAACUGUGUUUUCUCAGUGGAGCUGCAGCUGCCCUCCAAGGCUGCAGCCUUGGCCCACCUGGACAGAGGGGGCCCCCCACCUGCUCGGGAAGCACUGGCCAUCGUCUUCUUUGGUGGACAACCUCAGCCCAAUGUGAGUGAGCUGGUUGUAGGACCUCUGCCCCACCCCUCCUACAUGCGGGAUGUGACUGUGGAGCAUUAUGGAGGCCCGUUGCCCUAUUACAGACGCCCUGUGCUGGAAAGAGAGUAUUUGGACAUAGAUCAGAUGAUCUUUGACAGGGAGCUGCCUAAGGCCGCUGGGCUCCUCCAUCACUGUUGCUUCUACAAACGCCAGGGCCGAAACCUGAUGACAAUGACCACAGCCCCCCGUGGACUACAAUCAGGGGACAGAGCUACCUGGUUUGGCCUCUACUACAAACUCUCAGGAGCUGGGUUUUUCCUGCACCCUGUGGGGCUGGAGCUGCUGGUAGACCACAAGGCCCUGGACCCUGCCCACUGGACCAUCCAGAAGGUUUUCUAUCAAGGCCGCUACUAUGACAGCCUGGUCCAGCUGGAGGAGCAGUUUGAGGCAGGCCUGGUGAAUGUGGUGCUGGUCCCAGACAAUGGCACAGGUGCGUCCUGGUCCUUGAAGUCCCCGGUAGCCCCUGGUGCGGCUCCUCCUCUGCAGUUCUAUCCCCAAGGUCCUCGCUUCAAUGUCCAGGGGAGCCAAGUGUCCUCUCCAUUGUGGACUUUCUCCUUUGGCCUGGGAGCUUUCAGUGGUCUGAGGAUCUUUGACAUCCGGUUCCAAGGAGAGAGAGUGGCCUAUGAAGUGAGCGUCCAGGAGGCCUUGGCGGUGUAUGGUGGGAAUUCCCCAGCAGCAAUGCUGACUCACUAUAUUGAUGGCAAUUUUGGCAUGGGCAAGUACUCUACGCCCCUGACCCGUGGGGUUGACUGCCCCUACGUGGCCACCUAUGUGGACUGGCAUUUCCUUUUGGAGUCCCAGACCCCCAAAACUCUACGUGAUGCCUUUUGUGUGUUUGAACGGAAUCAGGGUCUUCCACUGCGGCGACACCACUCAGAAUUCGACUCUUACUAUUUUGGGGGCCUUGCGGAGACUGUGUUAGUGGUCAGAUCUGUUUCUACCUUGAUCAACUAUGAUUAUGUGUGGGAUAUGAUCUUCCAUCCCAAUGGGGCCAUAGAAGUCAAGGUCCAUGCCACAGGCUAUAUCAGCUCAGCAUUCCUCUUUGGUGCUGCCCAAAAGUAUGGAAACCGAGUUGGGGAGCACACGCUGGGCACAGUUCACACCCACAGUGUUCACUUCAAGGUGGAUCUGGAUGUGGCAGGACUAGAGAACUGGGUCUGGGCAGAGGACAUGGCCUUUGUCCCUACAGCGGUGCCCUGGAAUCCUGAGUAUCAGAUACAGAGGCUGCAGGUGACCCGGAAGCUGCUGGAGACAGAGGAACAGGCUGCUUUCCCCAUGGGAGGUCCCAUCCCCCGCUACAUGUACCUGGCUAGCAAUCUCAGCAACAAGUGGGGUCACCCACGGGGCUACCGCAUCCAGACACUCAGCUUUGCUGGGAAACCAGUGCCCCAGGAGAGCUCCAUGGAAAAAGCCUUCAGCUGGGGGAGGUACCAGCUGGCUGUGACCAAGCGGAAAGAGGAGGAGCCCGGUAGUACCAACAUCUUCCAUCAGAAUGACCCUUGGACUCCCACCAUGAAUUUUGCUGACUUCAUCAACAAUGAGACCAUUGCAGGAGAGGACUUGGUGGCCUGGGUGACAGCUGGAUUUCUGCACAUCCCCCAUGCAGAGGAUAUUCCCAACACGGUGACUGUGGGGAAUGGAGUAGGCUUCUUCCUCCGGCCCUACAACUUCUUUGAUGAGGACCCUUCCUUCUCCUCUGCUGAUUCCAUCUAUUUCCGGGCAGACCAGGAUGCUGGGGCCUGUGAGGUCAACCCCCUGGCUUGUCUGUCCCAGACUGCUGCUUGUGCCCCCAGCCUCCCUGCCUUCUCCCAUGGGGGUUUCUCUCACAACUAGGUGGUCCCUAGCCUGGGCAAUCUGACCAGGUAUCCCAGGACCAGAGUGCUGCUUGUAUGGUUAGGCACUGGUGAAGACAGCCUGGUUGUUUCAUCUCUUUCCCCACACUUGUAAUGUCUAUUUUAAGCUCAUCUCUCUUCUUCUGUCCUCUCUAGCCUCUCCCUCCCUUGUAAGAAUAUCUUGAGUCUAUGAUUCUUGACACAGGAACACAUGGCUUUGUUGACCCCAGCUCUGCUGAGUUUCUGUCUAGGGAGAAGACAAAUGGUCCAACCAGGAACCUGUAGUGAUGGCUUGCUUUUCCCCAGAUGCUUUCUGUCUGGCUUUCUAAAAAUAUUAAGCCAUCUCUAGGAACUUUGCAAUGGGGAUUAUAUCCUAGAGACUCCAUGACAGGGUUCUUAUCAGUCUUACAAAUCUAUAAAUGAGCUGGAAGGAUCCUUACACACACACACACACACACACACACACACACACACUCACACACACUCACACACACACACACACACAUACACAUACACACACUCCCCCUCUGCAAGUCCCUUCCUCACCUUCUUCUUUUUUGCCUACUCCCUCCUUGAGUUCCUACCUACUCUUAACAUUCUGGAAUUUCCCUCUAAUACCUAACAUUCCCUCCAGCCAUCAUUUCUCAACUUCAGUCUCUUCUGGUCCUGAGCCUGUGGAAGUCUAAAAGAUACAAUAGGAGCCAGACACUGGUGGCUCACUCCUGUAAUUCUAGCUAUUCAGGAGGCUGAGAUCUGAGGAUUUGUGGUUCAA